AGCACCGGCGCCACCUGCGGAAACGCCCCCCCUCUUUCCAUCUCCUUCCCCUCCAAGCCUCCGCCUCCGCCUCCUAAAAUCUCAAUCGCCUCCGGGUUUCUCCAACCUCCGCCUUCCCCCCACCCGAUUCUCCGCGUCGACUUCCCUGGCCCUGACCUCUAGAAUCACCCGUCGCGAUCUCGCAUUAAGGGCCAGUGAAGUAACCUGCAUUGUGUGGUUGAUUCGGCACCGCCCAUCAGCUGCUGCCUGGGUGUUCAGCUAAUCAUCCUGUUUCUGACAUGGAGGAAUCACAUGGUAGUCAGGAAGCUUCAAGGUUCAGAGCUCUUGGCAACGGGGUCUCUGGUGCUGCUCAGGAGAGUGCUGGUGACAGGGAGCUCCACAAUGUGGGGAUUGCUUCUCAGGCUGCAGGAGCUUAUCUGAAUGGUAGAGCGUUGUUCCCUUCUGAGUCUGCCAUGUACAGCUCAUCCGAGGCUGGAAGCAAUCAGCAUUUUCAGGGGUUCUCUCGCAGUGGCAGUCUGUAUGAUGAGCAGUCCCUCACAUCUGCUUUUGAGGACAUGACUCUCGGUUUCAAGACCCGUGCAGAUGAUCCGCCUACCCGCCAUCACAAUGUGGCACUGACAAACGGACACCAUCCAUCUGGACCUGUGGAUGUUACCCUAAACCAGCAACAUGUGCCUGCAACACGCCAAGAUGAUUCCCUGACUCUACAGUUUAGUGUGCCACAUGCCAAGCAAAAGUCUGAUGUUGAACACCAAGAACAAGGUUAUGGGUUUCCAGCGCACUCAGGGAAAUUUUCAAGAACCUCUGGGCUGCAAAGCUUGAAUAGCAAUUUUGGUGUUCCUUACCACCCAUCAACUGCAUCUGCUUCCCCCUUCCAGCAACAAUGUUAUGUUGAUGAGCAAUCUCAGAUGUACAGGCCCCAUGAUCAGAAUGUUAGAUCAAACGUCAUAUGGCCACAUGGCGUACAACCAUACUCUGUUGUGCAACCACAUUAUCUCUGUCCACAAAUGCGACAAGUUUCUGGUUUUGAUGUUUAUCAACAUAGAAGCAACGAGCAUGCUACAGUUUGCAAUCCUGCAAAUGUCCCAUCCUCGCAUAUUGGAACACCAAAUUCUCAUGGGCUGGAAAAUGGGUAUUCUUACUUCAAUGCUGCUGCUUUUCAGAAGAGAAAUAACUGGCUGAAUAAUACAUUCACAGACAGCUUACCCAGUACAUCUUACACUGACAGUUCAUGUGGCAGCGGUGAUUUUCGCCAUUCUCAGCAAGCUGAAAAGUAUUUCCAUCCAUCUGGACAAGGUUUUUCAUAUCAUCAGCAAACAGAUAACCUUGAUCCUCCAUAUAGACUAGGUUUCUCGCAUCAUCAGACAUCUGGUAGAUUGAACACAGGCAGUUAUCCAGAAAGCUUCCUGAGGAGUCAUGAUGUUGGAAAUUCAAUUAGAGCUAUCAAUUUUGCUCCCUCAGUUAAUGGCUAUGCUGAUAUGGACCACAGGAUUAAUGGUUAUGGUCAUGACCACCUUGGCAUUCAGAGUAAUAAUUCCAUGCCCCAGUUUUUGUCAUCAAAAACUGAGCUGACAGUUGAUGAAGUUGUUGGAAGAAUAUGUAUCCUGGCGAAGGAGCAGAAAAACUGCCACUUUCUGCUGAAAAUAUUAACAGAAGGCACUCAAGAGGAUGCUGAUAAAGUCUUUUAUGAAAUACUUGAUCAUAUUGGUGAACUUAUGGUGGAUCCAGUUGCCAACUAUUUGGUGCAGAAUAUUCUUGGAAUCAAUGAUCGAAGGAUGCGCAUAAUUUAUGAAAUCACCAAAGCACCUGCAGAGCUUAUUAAAAUUUGUUGCAGCGUGCAUGGGACCCGUGUAAUGCAAAAGGUCAUAGAGACUAUAGCUACCACAGAGGGAGCUUCAAUGGUUGUGACAGAGGCGGCUUCGAUGGUUGUUGCUGCGUUGAGCCAUGGAACAAUUCGUUUGAUGACAGAUCCUAAUGGAUACCAUGUUAUGAGCCUCUGCUUGGAUAAAUUAUUACCUGAACACAAGGCGUUCAUUAUUGAGGCUGCUGCAUCACGCUAUCUUCAACUAGCAAGGGAUCGUCAUGGCUGUUGUGUCCUUCAGAAAUGUAUUGAACAUUCAAAUGAUGAACAGAGGAAUGAUUUGUUGAGCAAGAUUACAUCCAGUGCCCUUAGGCUUUCAGAAGAUCAGUAUGGGAACUAUGUUAUUCAGUUUAUUCUUGGCCUCAAAAUUGAAUGGGCAACAGCCAGAGUAGUGGAUGAGCUGGCGGGUCACAUUGGAAAUCUGUCCAUGCAAAAAUGUGGUAGCCACGUUGUGGAGCAUUGCCUUGACCAGGCACCACAGUUGAUGUGUGAUAGGAUCAUCAACGAACUCAUGAAUGAUCCUAAAUUGCCUCAGAUCAUAAUUGAUCAGUACGGGAACUUUGUGAUUCAAACAGCACUUAAACAGUGCCAGGGUGAACAAUAUGUUGCCUUUGUCGAAGCUAUCAGACCGUAUAUUGCUACACUGCAGAGCAACAUGUAUGGAAAGAGGGUUCUCUCAAGGACAUACUUGAAGAAAAAGCACUACCGAUUUGGCUUCUGUUAACCUGCCAUUUUUGCCGAAUGUAUCCUCAGGG